AGCUGCACUAACACACACAAGAGCAGUUGCGUUCGCAGCAAUAACAAAGAAGAAAUAAAACCAAUUUGUGCUAUGUCAUUACACGACCAGCAGAUCUGUUCUCGUGGUGGAUUUUGCUGGAUACUUCGGUGAGUCAACUGAUGAGAUGUUGCAUCUUUGUGGCAAUGACAAAAGCUGAACGUGUGCACAGGUAAAAUGAUGAUGUUGAGAAAAACGUUGAAGGAGAGGGGGAGGAACGGAGAGAGAGAGGGAGAGAGAGAUUACACCUCUCUCGCCCUGCUUUGGUCUUUGAAUGGGAGGAGCAACAUACCACAGCCUGCAGUAUGCAGAGCUGCAGAUCAGAACCGGGCUCAGAAACCAAAACUAGUCGGCACCAGUCGAGGGAGGAGAUGUAACAUCCCGGAUGUGGAGAAACAGCGUCCUGUAAUUCUACGUCGGGUCUUAGAAGCCGUCACACAUAUACAUGCGUAACCUACGUAUUUAAAUAUGAUGUAGCCGAUACGCACUGGCUGGACAGGCGGUGAAGAGAGGUCGCUGACGGACUGUGCGUAAUGCUGAGUGGACAGCAGCAUUUCUCGCUGUAUAUUCCAGCCUAGACGGGCUAUUGACAGGAGAUUCGCACUUCUUCUGCAGUGCAGCUCGUCAUCAGAACCCGAUGCGCUCCGCCGGACCGGACCCGUUCAGUUUCAUGCCGUCCAACCCGACUGGAGCCUGAGCCGAAGGAUGCAGGUUAAAAACCAGAUCUGCACCGAGCGGAGCAGCACCGACGACCCGGAGCAGGAUGACAACCAGAAGAAGACCUCGUGUUUUUCCAACAUUAAGAUUUUCCUGGUGUCGGAAUGUGCGCUCAUGUUGGCACAGGGCACCGUGGGCGCCUAUCUGGUAAGUGUUUUAACAACUCUGGAGAGACGCUUCAACCUCCAGAGUGCCGAUGUGGGCGUCAUAGCCAGCAGCUUCGAAAUCGGCAACCUGGCCCUCAUCCUGUUUGUCAGCUACUUUGGCGCCAAGGCCCACAGACCCCGCCUGAUUGGCUGCGGGGGGAUCGUCAUGGCCCUGGGGGCAUUGCUAUCAGCCCUGCCAGAGUUCCUGACUCAUCAGUACGAGUACGAGGCCGGGGACUCAUGGCACGCUGAGGACGGCAGGGACGUCUGCUCCAACAUCUCCAGGUCAGAAAACCGAGACUCUGGGUUUAAAUGUGGCAACCGAGCCAACACCAACAUGAUGUACCUUCUGCUGAUCGGAGCCCAGGUUCUGCUGGGCAUUGGAGCAACACCUGUCCAGCCUCUGGGAGUGUCCUAUAUCGAUGACCAUGUCCACAGGAAGGACUCCUCACUGUAUAUAGGUAUUUUAUUUUCCACGCUGGUGUUUGGCCCGGCCUGUGGCUUCAUCUUAGGUUCCGUCUGUACCAAAGUCUAUGUUGAUGCUGUCUUCAUUGACACCAGUAAGCUGGACAUCACCCCAGAUGACCCUCGCUGGAUCGGGGCGUGGUGGGGCGGCUUCCUCCUUUGUGGUGCCUUACUCUUCCUGUCAGCCCUCUUCAUGUUCGGCUUCCCCCAGGCGCUGGACGAGCAGGACAUGGACGGUGGAGGGGAGAGUGAGCAGGCCAUGCUGCCUUCUUCCCUGACCCUGGAAUACCAGGGCUCUAAACCCAACGGGGCCAUUCAUGGUUUUGAUAUGAACAGUGGACUCUCAGUCUGUGAGCAUCUGAGAGUAAUCCCCCGGGUAACCAGGCACCUACUCUCUAAUCCAGUGUUCAGCUGCAUCACGCUGGCAGCCUGCAUGGAGAUAGCUGUAGUUGCUGGCUUUGCUGCCUUCCUUGGCAAAUACCUGGAGCAGCAGUUCAACCUUACCACCUCCUCAGCCAAUCAGCUGCUAGGUAUGACGGCGAUCCCCUGUGCCUGUCUGGGUAUCUUCCUCGGAGGGCUGCUGGUUAAGAAGCUGAACCUGUCUGCUCUGGGUGCUGUCCGUAUGGCCAUGCUGGUCAACCUGGUGUCCACUGCCUGCUACGUCUCUUUUCUCUUCUUGGGGUGUGACACUGGACCUGUCGCAGGGGUUACAGUGGCCUAUGGCAACGAGACAUUGCAGUCUUGGCAGAGACCUGAGUCAGCAUGCAUCAGUAACUGUAACUGCUACACAGCAUCAGUGAGCCCCGUCUGUGGUUCCAAUGGAGUCACCUACCUCUCAGCCUGCUUCGCUGGCUGCACCAAACCAAACCUGACCAGCUGUACGUGUAUAUCCAGCAACAGUGAAGAUGCAGUGGCUUUGCCAGGAAAGUGUCCCAGUCCAGGCUGUCAGCAGGCCUUCCUCACCUUCCUAUGUGUUAUCUGUGUGUGCAGCAUGAUCGGAGCGAUGGCCCAGACGCCCUCCGUCAUCAUCCUCAUCAGAACCGUAAGUCCAGAGCUUAAAUCGUACGCCCUUGGAGUUCUGUUCCUGCUCCUGAGACUUAUAGGCUUCAUCCCUCCCCCUCUGAUCUUCGGCAUGGGCAUCGACUCCACCUGUCUGUUCUGGAGCUCGGUUUGCGGCGAGAAGGGAGCCUGCAUGCUGUAUGACAACGUGGCCUACAGGCAUCUGUACGUCAGCAUCGCCAUCGUCCUCAAGUCAUCAGCCUUCGUCCUGUACACCACCACGUGGCAGUGUUUGAGAAAGAACUACAGGAAGUACAUCAAGAACAGCGAGGGUUACCUCACUCCCACCGAACUCUUUGCCUCCAAUGUGACUCUGGACAAUUUGGGCAAGGAGAUCACGCAGAACCCAGUCAACAGGACAAAGUUCAUAUACAACCUGGAGGACCAUGAGAUGUGUAACAACAUGGAGUCAGUUUUAUAGUGUCACUCUGCACCAGGACUGCAGACUAGAACUGUUAAUGUGCAACUGACCUGAUGUGCGAUGUUUCUUUGGUGUCGUCUUGGUUUAGAGGAAUGUCCUCAGUAAGGGUUUUAUCUUCUUCUCACCCAAAACAUCAGACAUAAUGACAAAAUUGAAGAGGUGUUUCCCAAAAUGCUCUAUAUCCACAUUGCACUCAAUUUUUUAUUUUCUAUUUUUUACUAAAAUAUAAAUUAUCCAGUAUUUUGUCAAAAAAAACAACACAUUUCUUUUUGUUUUAGCAUUUUUUUUUCUAAUUUGACACGUGAGUAGGGAUUGAAAGCAAACACUGGGAGAGAAAGGAGGAAUGACACAUAAACUCCGCCAUAUUUCAAAGAGGGAUGUUGCAGUUAUGUGUUAUGCAUCCUAGACUAUUCAUCUACCAGAACACCCCAGGAUUGAUUUUCUUUAUAGUAACACCAUUAAAAGUUAAGUGAAAAUAGUCAUAUUAGAUUUAGAUGUACUUUAAAUCCAGAGCUGUGUGAGAAGCAGAAAUCUGUUUAUUCAUCGGCUUCAUUAGACAGUUUAUUUUCCUUUAGAAGGAAGUUUUUCUCAGGUCCAAAUGUCAGAUAGAGUGAGAGUUAACAUGGUCGUUCAUUGUUAGAUGAUGCAUUUUUAGCUUGUUUUUGGAGCACUUUUCAGAUAUAAAGAUCAUACAGCUGUAGUGCAAUUGGGACCUUUUCAUUCAGGGAGUGUCAAUCUUGCAACUGCUAGGCAACCCUACCCGAAUACUUCUUAACACACUUCUGUGCCAAUAGCCCCCUUACCCUCACCCAAUAUUUUAAUUCAUUUUAAAUACAGAGAUGUCAAAACUUCAGUUGGGCCUGUUUCCUGGCUACAUCAUUAAAAAGUUUAGAGAAAAGGAAAAGAGAAAAGAAGUAUAGAUAAAAUACCCCUCUACCCCAAAACCAAACCAAAAAAAUGAUCUUUCCAUUAACCUUAACCCCAGUGAUCCAGACCAGAUCAUCAUAGAGAGUAUGAAAAUGAAAAUGUAGUUUUGAAAAUGAGUCAUAUUACUUGUAGUCUUAUAGAAUAGCCCAGAAGUUGAGUUUACAAAAAUACAUUACCAGUGUAAUCAUUUAUUUUACAUGUGCUAAAAGUGGGUUUGACUUUUUCUCAAGAGGUGGAUAUCCCAUUUUGGAGCCAAACUCUUCAGUUUGAGUUGAUGUUGCACACAUUGUUCAGAUUUUAGAAAAUAACAAACAGUCUUUCUUCAUUGCCUUCAGUGUAAUUGGCCUGCUCUUGUUCCAGAAGGAACUUAAGGACAUGUGUUGAAGGUAGAGGAGUGUUGAGCCAGUAUGUAAUAAUUAUCCCUUUGCUGUGCUACAGUGUGGAGUUUUGCUGUGAAUGCUGGAAAAGAUUCUGAGACUCAUUUUCUGUUUCAGAGACACAGAGCAGUUUUUUUUCUACUUCACACAAUUAAGUUGAUCAUCUUUGUUUUUCCUUUAGCGUUUAAAGAGAUUAGGUACACCUCCCGAAAGGUAAAUGAUAAAAAACAGAAAUCCCUUCCCAUUGUUUGAAUGAUGAUCUUACCCAAAGCAACUGACUGUGGGUGAGGAUAAAGGAGUUAGGAGGCCUACUCAUGAAUACUUGGACUAGACGCACAUGUGAGCUGAUUCAGUAACUGAACCAUGUCUCUAACCAGUGAUUUGACCGUGGUACCACCAUUAUAAUUCUGUCACUCAUGUCAUUGGCAAAUGGAGAGGGAGAUACAGUUUGACUUGGUGGAGUCAUUCUGCCUUCAGCAGUGAUGCAUGGAAUACAUAGCAACAUGAUAAAUAACAAGCAGGGAACAUUGCAAAUAAGACUCUCCAGUGUACAUGUAUGUAGUAGGGCUGACGCAGGUAAAGGCUGACUGAGAGUGUGAUGUGCAUUUAAGUAGAACGCCAAGUCAACACAGCGAGACGUGAUGAUUCUGGUGGGCUAGCUGUCAGCAGACACAGCAUAGCAUGACGCACAGUGUCAAGCCAGAAUUAGUUCUUUUAAAAGCAUGCUGGUAAUGCAUGUAAUGAUAAAAAAAAUAAAUAUUCAGUAUGUUACUAAGUUGCACACACUCUGUGGUUUGAUGGACAUGGUAAUGGUUAAAUACACAUUUAACUCUAAUGGCCUGCAAAUUCUAUUUUUGACCAUGGAAAAGCUUUAUAAUGCAUACUGCAUUGUGUUGUUGACAUUUAAAAAAAACCUCAGCUGACUCAUAAUCACUCACACUGCAGUGAUUGUUCAAAUACAGAUUUUUUUUUUUUUUAAAUAAUAUAUAUAUUUUUUGUUAAGGAAUUCUAUGGGAUUCUGAUUUCUGACAUAUCCAGUUUAUAGAGAGUAUAUUGUUUUUCCUGGCUUACUUUGUAAGUAUUUAAUAUGUUUUGCAUCAAAAAUAUGGCGGUUUGUCCAGCUACUCACCAUUGCAGCAGAUUUCAUUUCCAAAAUGUUUAAUCCCUUUGGGGUUUGAGAUUGGGGGUUAAAGGAGUAUUUCAUCAUUUUGGGGGGAAAUACACUUGUUCACUUUCUUCAUACCGAGACAUGGUCAUUCACAUAUUCCCCUGUAAAAAGGAAACUUUGGUUUGGUUUUGUAAUGAGAUAUACCAUGUUAACAGGUUAGCUUUAGAGGUGCUCAUGGGUGGAUUUUGUUACCAGAGCCAACGACUGCUGGUUGUAGUUUCAUAUUUACUGUACAGACAUGCGGAGGUGUCAGUCCUCUCAUCUCUUUGCAAGAAAGCUAAUAAGUGUAUUUCCAAAAUUGUUAAACUGUUCCUUUAAGUUCGUUAACGCCACCUACUAUUAUUUGAAAAGUCCCACAGUUUGGUUACUCAUGUUUUAUGAGUCAUUUGUUUGCUCAUGGUGGAGAUUACUUUAAAACCACACAACUCAUGUGAUGUAUUUAACUUCAUUAAACCAACAGUAUAAGAUUUAAAUUAUACAUUGAUGCUGCUUUAGCAUCAUAAAUAAUACAGAAAAUAUUUAUCAAAUGGGGAAAACAGACAGCUGUCAGAGAAUACUUGAGAUCAACUCUAAAUGGACCUACAUUCAAUAGAGAGCCAUGCCAAACCGCACCAGACUAAUGUCUGCUUGGUUUGAUGUAAACAAAGAGUAAAACUGCAGUUAAGACUUGAAUCCUUAAAACUGAGGAAUUUUUGGGUACUGGUGCCUGAAACAGUUUCCAAGCUCAAAAUUUGAUCGUCCCCGAUGGGACGUUCGGCUCCUCGCAGGACAUUCAGGACAAGCCGGACAUAACGCAGAGAUGUACAAACAAAAGGAAGCUUCCGCAGCUCUAACAGGGAGGAGGGUGAUAACUAACAUCACCAGCUGGUUACCAUCUUCUCCUUAGCAACCCCCAACAGGUGGCGCUGUCUUUGAUAUCUGUAACGUCCAGUGUGUCAUAGUGCUGACUCCUCUGUACAUAAUAGUGCCAUACAAGUGCCAAAGUGACACCAUAGAAGUGUUCUGUAACGUCCUGCAGAGAACUUUGUCUCAACACGCUGGAGCUCAGAGCAGAUCCUCCAGCUGUAUGUAGCCUUUCUGUGAUAUCCUCCACUUACUUUCACCAUAUCAUACAAAAGUGUCCCAAAAACAUAUUGCCUAUAAAAUAUUGUAUAUUGGUCUAGAAAACAGUAUUAUUUAGGAUGUAAUAACUGUUAAUAUGUAGGACUUUUCUACUAGUGAAGGUAUUGUCUAAUUUAGAUUAAUCUGUCUUUCCAUCAGUGGCAAAGCUGAUAACUGUUUGUUGCUUUGGUCCAAAUAAAAACAAUACUUUGCUUGAAAAUAAGUGGCACCAAUGUUGAGCUAUAGCCUGACAUUGUACAGUAAAUAAGGUUGACUGUAGAAAGUCAGCCAAACUUCACUGAUAGCAGUCCUGCACCUGUGCCUGGAUAUAAAGCUCUACUCUGAGACUUUGUGAUUGGAGCCGAUGUUGUGCCAUAUCAACCUGUGCACUGUAACAUUCAACACUCACGAAGAAGAAGCCAACAUAUUCUAGGUCUGUCUAAUGCGCCGGCAAGGGUGAUGGCGCUCGCUUGACCUUGUAUUCACCUGCGGCGACAGGACUGUUUCUUUUGGCACCUAAAUGUGCUUGAGAUGUUUUGCCUUGCAACGAGAAAAUAACUUUGGAGCAUAAACGUUUUUUUACAUCCUAUUGUUCCCAUUAUUCUCUUCUGAUGACCUUGCCUUUUGGUAACAGCAGGUUGACUUUUAUAGCGGAUCUUUAGUGACAGAAGACUUGACAUAUGAAGAGUUUACUGCCAAAAUAUGACAUUUUUGGGCAAAGCUGUUCUUAUCUGAGAUGUUUCAAGAGCCAUGGCCAACAAUGGACAGUUAUCCUGUAAAUAAGUCCAUAAUUAGUUUGACCUUUUCAUUGUCAUUACUCAUUUCUUACAGAUAGUCACUUUUUGUAGAUGAAGGAUGUUAUUUUGGAAGGAAACUCUUCAUAUGCAGAUAGAUAAUCCUUUGGUUUGAGCCUUUAGGCAGCAUGUUGCCUUUUAUUAAAGUGAAACCAUGUGCUAACCAUGUUAGUGACGGUUUUGGAGUGAUGUGUUUGCUUAUUUUGUGGGCGGUAUUCAAUAUGUGAAUUUCAUGGCUCUUUGCAGGGGACCUUUGAAAAGGAAAAGGGCAUUGAAAUAAGAAAAUAUCACUUAUAUUUUCAAAGCAUCAUGGAAGAUUUUAGAUAUGCUCUAUUGCUUCUUUGGUUUUGUUUUCUUUUUUCCUUCAAAUUACAUGAAUUUAUAUUUAAAAGCUUUAUGUUCUGUAUAUUUCUUGGAAAAGAUUACAUGAUUGUAUGUUUAUUGUAAAUACAUUAAAUAUACUAUUUUUGUUUUUAA